AACGAGGGGAACCAUCGCACUUUUCUGGAGGUUUGACUGAAGUAAAGAAGUUCAUCCGAAGAAGAGCAGCUGAAGUUGAGAAAACAAUUUACAAAAAAAAAGUGUUUUUUAAUUUCGUUAAAAGUUACCGAGAAGAUGGCGGUGGAGUUUUUAGUAGUUGUUCUAAGUGUUUUGGUGGUGUGCGUAGUUUGCAACCCGAGCCCCCUGGAAGACGUAGUCAUAGACCGGUAUUAUAUACCCAAGGUCUGCCCCAGAGAGGUGCAAACCGGCGAUCACGUAAGAUAUCACUACAACGACCUUACAGACGGGAAGCAGUUCGAUUCCAGCCAUGAGCGAGGAACCCCUUUUAGCGGGCUGGUUGGAGUCGGUCGCUUGAUCACCGGCAUGGACCGGGGAAUCCAAGGCAUGUGUGUCAACGAGAGGAGAAAUAUCACGGUCCCCCCGCACCUGGCUUACGGCAGCUUGGGCGCAGGUAGCGUCAUUCCUCCGGACGCCGUCCUUGUCUUCGACGUGGUGUUGCUGGACAUCUGGAACAAGGAUGACCAGGUCCAGAUCACGACCGUGUUCAAACCCGAGGACUGCAAACGCACCGUCCAGAACUCGGACUUCAUCCGCUACCACUACAACGGGACCCUGCUGGACGGAACCCCCUUCGAGUCCAGCCACAGCAAGCAGCACACCUACGACACCUACGUGGGCGACGGCUCGCUGAUCAAAGGCAUGGAGGAGGGUCUGGUCGGCAUGUGCGUCGGGGAGAGGAGGAACAUUAUCGUCCCGCAUUUCCUGGGCUACGGAGAGAAGGGACACGGUACUGAGAUUCCUCCUCAAGCCAGUCUGAUGUUUGAUGUUCUGAUGGUGGAUCUCCACAACCCCAAGGAUGACGUGACCAUUGAGAAUCAGGUGAUCCCAGAUCUCUGCAAGCGCAAGUCUGUGACAGGAGAUUACAUCCGAUACCAUUACAACGGGACCCUGCUCGACGGAACCUUCUUCGACUCCAGUUACUCUCGGAACAGCACCUACAACACGUACAUCGGGAUGGGAUACGUGAUCCCGGGGAUGGACAAGGCCCUGCAGGGGGUGUGUAUUGGGGAGAAGAGGAGAAUCACCAUACCCCCCCACAUGGCCUAUGGAGAGAGUGGAGCUGGUGAGAGCAUUCCUGGCUCUGCAGUGCUCGUCUUCGAUAUCCACGUGAUUGACUUCCACAACCCCAGCGACCCCGUGGAGAUUGUGAGCUCCUUCAAACCCGAGGAGUGCAACAAGACCACCCGUGCCAAUGACCUCAUCAAGUACCACUACAACUGCUCCUUGCUGGACGGCACACACCUCUUCUCCUCAAAUGAUAACGAAAACCCUCAGGUCGUUUUUCUCGGAGCCAACAAAGUGAUUGAAGGCUUGGAUGAGGGACUGCAGGGAAUGUGCAUUGGGGAGAGACGGGUUGUCAUCGUGCCCCCUCACCUGGGCCACGGAGAGACAGGAGCACAUGGAGUGCCUGGCAGUGCAGUCCUGCUCUUCGAGGUGGAGCUGGUGGAUUUUGAGGAGGGGGUUCCAGACGGGUACCUGUUUGUGUGGCUCAGCGACCUGGGUGAAAACCUCUUUGAAGAGAUGGAUCUCAACAAGGAUGGAGAUGUUCCCUUGGAGGAGUUCAACACCUUUAUCAAGGGCCUGGUUGCAGAGGGCAAGGGUCGCCUGAAGCCAGGCCAGGACGCUGACCAGAUCAUCGCGGACAUGUUCAGUAACCAGGACCGCAACAAGGACGGCCACAUCGUCGCCGAAGAGCUCAAGCUGAAAGUGGACGAGGAUGCAGAGCGAGCGAGACACGAGGAGCUGUGAACAGCAGGGACUGACAACAGAAGCCACGCUACAGCAAAGCAGAAAUAGAGACACAGGAGCCAGAACAGGUUUAUACAGGGAGAAAGAGGACCAGUCCUGGUAAUGGAGGAAAGAGAGCAAAGUCAACGCCAUUGCGGGUUUUAACCUUUUUGUUUUGAUUUUGCUUAUGUUCUAGAGUUUCUGCAAAUAACGUUGUCGCUAAUAAUAUAUAUUUGUGCGUGUGUAGAUAUAGUCAGGGUUGAGAUCAAUUCCUGUUUUUUUUCAAUUUCAAUUCCAAUUCCUUUUUUGAAGGAAUUGAUAUUUUUAGAGACUGCUUUCACUUGAAGUCAAUUUUUUAAUUGACUAACAAACAGUAACUCCACUUUAAGUCAUUUGUUGCCACUGUGAGAAGCUCAAUUUUAACAGAAUAUUGCUGAUUUUUUUUGCGAUUUUGAUUAACGGCGUGUUGGAAUUGCUGAAAUGGGAAUCGGGGAUUCAUUUUAAAAAGGAAACGUUAUUAGAAUUUUAAAACCAGACUUCACCCCCCACCCUGUAUAUAGUGCUGCUCUUCUGCAUAAUGAUCCUGCCCCUCCCUCCCCCUCAACAGAUGAGUCAGUCAGACUCCUGUUCUGGAUUCCCAGUGACAUUCACACAUGCCCCAAAUCUCCACAUGACUUAGUAUUAUUUAUAAGGUGUACUCUUUGUAAUUGUACAAUAAAGAAUAAAUGCGUUUUUUUUUUUUUUUUUUUUUUUUAUAAAUAUACUGGACACCUUGUAUAUUUUUAUUAUUUUUUCAGAAGAGGGGUUCUACCUGUCGCAUACAAAAUAAAUGCUGUUUGGUUUAAUUUUUUUUAUGGAACUACUUACUGAUACUGGGGCCAAAGAAAACGGUCUUGCAGUUUUCCAAGGAUCCUGGUUAUCGGAUAGGGCCACAACCUCCUAUCCAAAACACUACGUUUUCUUCUGACUUUUGUGCAAAGUUUACAACAUAGGUGCAGACAGAUGGGCCAGGCUUUUCAGCGGCCGGCCAGCUGAGAGUAUUUGAACACUGGGUUUAAGAUUCAAAUCAGCCCUAACCCUAAUCUUAAAGUUAACUGCUCAAAGACAAUGUUUCAUGUAUUAGAAUGCAGCUCAGUUUUAGGUUGGCCUGUCUUUCUGCACCCAUGCCCAGUUUUCAAUGCAUUUCACCGUUUUAAUUUGGAUAUUUUUUCCACCCUUCUAUGUAGGAUUGUCCAAAUACCUUUAAACAGAAACAGAGACCAGAGCAACGAUUUAUUUGUGUGAGAAUGCUUUAUUUUUUUUUCUCAUGCAUCACGAGUGUUUAACCUGGACAGAAUCUUAUUCAAGUAACAGUUUUACUGCCAGUGCUCUACUGAGCUGAAAUGCGUAGCAGGGGUGGAGUCAGUUCCUUUUUAAAACCAAUUUCCAAUUCCUUUGUAAUAGUAAUUCUUCAACUGCUUUCAUUUGAAGCCAGUUUAAGAGAAAACUGACUUCAAUUGAAGUAAUUUAUCGCCACUUGUGAGAAGCUCAUUUGAACAGAAUGCUGCUAAUUGAAAUUUUGAUCAAUGACGUGUUUAGUGCGUACAGCAGUACAGAAAUGAAAUACAACAUUGGUAUAACUGUGCUUCAGUUCAACUACGACAGUUUAAGCCCUUUUGAAAGGUUUUUCACUUAAAAGUAACACGUAAAAGGUAAGUGCCAUCUUAAAAGGGGGUAGCUUGUGUUCUGAUUUUUUUUUCCC